AUGGCUGCAAUGGUGCUGGCAGCAACGCGGUUACUGCGAGGGUCGGGCUCUUGGGGUCGCUCGCGGCUGAGGUCUGGACCCGCCGCACACAGGCAGUUCAGUAGCAGUGGCGCCUAUCCCAGCAUCCCUCUCUCCUCCCCCUUACCCGGCGUACCCAAGCCUGUUUUUGCUACAGUCGACGACCAGGAGAAGUUUGAAACCAAAAUUACCACACUGGAAAACGGGCUUCACGUGGCAUCCCAAAAUAAGUUUGGGCAGUUCUGUACUGUAGGCAUUCUGAUCAACUCAGGAUCAAGAUACGAAGCAAAAUACCCCAGUGGAAUUGCUCACUUUUUGGAAAAAUUGGCAUUUUCGUCCACCGCUCGGUUUAGCAGCAAAGAUGAGAUCCUUCUUACCUUGGAAAAGCACGGAGGCAUCUGCGACUGCCAGACAUCAAGGGACACCACCAUGUACGCUGUGUCUGCUGACACCAGGGGCUUGGACACUGUGGUGGGUGUGCUGGCGGAUGCAGUCCUGCAGCCCAGGCUGACAGAUGACGAGAUGGAGAUGACGCGGAUGGCCGUGCAGUUUGAGCUGGAGGACCUCAACAUGAGGCCGGACCCAGAGCCGCUGCUCACCGAGAUGAUUCACGAAGCUGCUUACCGGGAAAACACAGUGGGCCUGCACCGCUUCUGCCCUCCAGAAAACAUAGCGAGGAUCGACAGGGAGGUCCUGCACUCCUACCUGCGGAAUUACUACACACCUGACCGCAUGGUGCUGGCUGGGGUGGGCGUCGAACACGACCACCUGGUGGGCUGUGCCCGGAAGCACCUCCUGGGCGCCCAGCCAGCCUGGGGGCACCAGGGGGCCGUGGAUGUCGACAGAUCGGUGGCACAGUACACUGGGGGCAUCGUCAAGCUGGAACGAGACAUGUCCAACGCCAGCCUGGGCCCCACCCCAAUCCCGGAGCUCACGCAUGUCAUGGUGGGCCUGGAGAGCUGCUCCUUUCUGGAGGACGACUUCAUCCCCUUCGCGGUGCUGAACAUGAUGAUGGGUGGCGGCGGCUCCUUCUCUGCCGGCGGGCCCGGCAAGGGCAUGUUCACCAGGCUCUACCUUAACGUGCUCAACAGGCACCACUGGAUGUACAACGCCACGUCCUAUCACCACAGCUACGAGGACACAGGCCUUCUGUGCAUCCAUGCCAGUGCGGACCCUCGGCAGGUUCGCGAAAUGGUGGAGAUCAUCACCAAAGAGUUUAUUUUGAUGGGUGGCACUGUGGAUGCGGUGGAGCUGGAACGAGCCAAGACCCAGCUCAUGUCCAUGCUUAUGAUGAACCUGGAGGCCCGGCCCGUGAUCUUUGAGGACGUCGGGAGGCAGGUGCUGGCGACCCGGUCUAGGAAGCUGCCCCAUGAGUUGUGCAGCCUCAUCUGUCAUGUGACGGCAGAGGACAUCAGGAGAGUGGCUUCUAAGAUGCUCCGCGGGAAGCCUGCCGUGGCUGCGCUGGGUGACCUCAGUGACCUGCCGACAUACGAGCACAUCCAGGCAGCCCUGUCCAGCCGCGACGGGCGCCUGCCAAGGACCUACCGGCUCUUCCGGUAG